UAAUGAUGGUUUGAUUAACCGUAUGUGUUCGAGGGGAAUAAACACUAAGGAGGAUCUUCUCUGGAUAUUCUAUCUGUCUGAUGUCUUCAUAUACGUGAAGGGCUGCCGCGUUGAAGAGAAUGUGGACGCAAUUAUUUGGCAUUGUUCUAAAGAGAAAAACUAGGAAGAAAGUGGUGUGAGUUAAAAGGAAAGACACAUUGGAUGACAUUAGGAUACUUUCUGUGGCAGUGGAGCUUUCCUAUAUGGGUCUGUGUGACGUGGGGACAGGUAACCUAUCAGAUCAGCUGGCUUUCCUUGUUAGUGACUCAGCCACAGGCAACACUGUUCCCAUGGGGUGAGUGUCGGGGCAUCUUUCAUUAGUGCGUCAGCUUUACUAAAUAUCCCUUUUGAGUUGGGCACUGAGUCAAGUGUUAAGGGACAAAGUACAAGUAUGUGGCUUGCACCUUCAGUGAGAUCACAGCCAAUGGGAGAAGUCCCUAUGUCUCCUUCACAGAGACAAGAAGACUCCUCACAGGAAACAACCUUUAGGCAGAGACUUGGAGGAUUGGUAGGAGUUUUACCAGGCAGGAAGGUAUUCCAUUUAGAGAGAAUUGUCAGUGCCAAGGUUAGAGGUGGGACAUCAUAACGCAUUCUUGAAAGGCGAAUAUUUUGGGAAUAGGCAUUGCCAGGAAGGCAAGUGUUCGAUCACAAAAGGUCUACAAUGCCUUAUAAGGAGUAUUGGGGCUCAGGCUCCCUCUCCCUGUUGUAUCUUAUACAUCCCAUGUGAGAGCACCAAUCCCACUGCACGGUAGUUGCUGGUGAGUGGGUCUACUGAGGGCAUUGUGAGCUCCUUGAGAAGACAGACCGUGUCUAAGCAUCCUUGUAUCAACCUCCUCUGAGCUUGCCACAGCUUAUAUACCCAGUAAGCCCUACUGAAUGGGAAUAAAGUAAAUGAAAGCAACACAGAUCUCAUGACAUGAUUUACGAAGAGGUUUGGGUUCUUAGAAGUUUCUGAAGCUGCAUUGAGUAUAAUACCGAGAAUUACUUCUGGGAAGCCGUGCCUUCUGCAGGGAAUUUCUGCUAAUGCUAAUAGUAAUUGCUAACAUGUAUUUCGUACCCCAUGCACCAGUGCUGUGCUAAACACUUUACAUGCCUUAUGAUUUCAUUGGCACAACAUCCCUCUGAGGUAUGUAAACACUUUCCCCAUUUAGGAUGUGACAGAACCAGAAUUUGACCCACGUCUGCUGCUGACUCCAGAGCCUGUGGCUUAACCAAUCUCCUAUUUAUCGAACAAAGCAUUUUGCCUUGUGGGGAGGGGGGAACAGAGUUAGAUGCCCUCAGAACUAAGACUGCCUUGUUUGGUUAAAAGAAGUAGAGGUCUUUAGGAUCUUCUUGCUGGUUCUUCCACUUCUCUAGCAGUGGAGAAAGAAGUCCAUGGGAAUAGGACAAGGUUGGAGAAAUUAGAGCCUCGUGGACAGUGGUGGAGACGAUGCAGAUUACAAAGUACCAAGAGGGGAGAGCACCUGCGCUGCCUGACUGAAGUGAACAGAGAGACAGAGAAAGAAGUAGAAAGGCAGAAAAAAUGUCAAAGAUUGGGAGUUUUGAAGGAUUCCAGCCUGUGUCUCUGAAGCAAGAAGGAGAUGACCAACCCUCUGAGACUGACCAACUGUCCACGGAGGAGGGGGACCCAGGCAAGGACCCAGAGCCAAGCCGUAUUUCAAGGCAGCCAAGUGUGACUGAAUCAACACUGUACCCCAAUCCUUAUCACCAACCUUAUGUCUCACGGAAGUACUUCGUUACACGGCCAGGGGCCAUUGAGACUGCCAUGGAAGACUUGAAAGGCCACAUGGCGAAGACUCCUGGAGAGACAAUUCAAGGCUUCUGGCUCUUGACAGAGAUAGAUCAUUGGAACAAUGAGAAGGAGAGGAUUUUGCUGGUCACAGACAAGACUCUCUUGAUCUGCAAAUAUGACUUCAUCAUGCUCAGCUGUGUGCAGUUGCAGCGGAUUCCCCUGAGCGCUGUCUAUCGCAUCUGCCUGGGCAAGUUUGUCUUCCCUGGGAUGUCACUGGACAAGAGACAAGGAGAAGGCCUUAGGAUCUACUGGGGGAGUCUGGAACAGCAGUCCCUCUUAUCUCGCUGGAACCCAUGGUCCACUGAGGUGCCUUAUGCAACCUUCACUGAGCACCCUAUGAAGUACACCAGUGAGAAGUUCCUCGAAAUUUGUAAGUUGUCUGGGUUCACGUCUAAACUUGUUGCAGCUAUCCAGAAUGCCCACAAGAAUUCCACUGGAUCUGGAAGAAGAAAGGGACUGAUGGUGUUAACUGAACCCAUUUUGAUUGAAACCUACAUGGGGCUGAUGUCAUUCAUUGGAAACCGCAACAAACUCGGCUAUUCCCUUGCCCGUGGGAGUAUUGGUUUUUGAGACUCCUUCUGGCAUUAUAAGUAUGCCAUCCACUGAUCUACCUUCAUUGAAGAUUGUUUCAGACCACCAUAUAUUUGGACUGACUUAGUUCCUUUUAAAUACUAUUACAUGGUAUUGAACACUUAGUAUCUUAGGAAAUCUAUAAUCUUGAUUAGACUGAUAGAUGCACACUUCAGACCUCAUAUAAGAACAAUCAAAUUUCCUAACCAGAAAAUAAAUGCUCUUAAGCUUAUCAAAUAA